AUGAGUAUCCCAUUAGCACCGCUGAGACUGUUUCACUCCUCCGCCACUGAUCCAGAUGUGUGGAACUCGCCCACCACGAUCACAGGGCUCAAAGUCAUAGUUGUUGCACUGCUCAUGGAUCUGGAUGAAGACCUCAUCGCCUCUAGCGCGUUGAUGGAUCUUACACCGGAACAACUACGAGAUUACACUACCGUGACCAUUGAUAAGGGCGCAAAGAUCAUCAAGGAGGAGGAAUAUACGAUUGUCUCCAUUACUCUGGAGUUUCCCAAUGACGUCUUUAAGAGACAGAGCUAUACAAUCAUCAGCGCCACUGGUGGAAAGACACAAUCUUUAGUGAUAGCGAGAAGCUUCAACAAGUUGGACAAUUUGAUGACACACUGGGUAUCGAACGAGUUCGGGUAUGUCUGGAAACCCGUGAGAUUCGAAUCCUCGUUUCUCAUACGAUGUUUGACAUCCAUCGCUACAAACCUGGAUGAUAAGUCGAAACUCGGCGAUGUUGAGUUGACAUUCUCCACAUCACAUUUGACACAGGGGAUGUUAAACACAAUCUCAGUUCAAGUGCUGAAUAAGGACCUGCUGAAAUUUGUUCAAGAGGAUGACACCAAUGAUGCAUUGUUCAAGACUUUGUUGAGCCAUUUGGAAACGCUGACAACGUUAGAGUUCCAUAAGCUCAAGCUAUACAGGUUUAAAUGUCAAUACAUAGAAUGCCCAUGA